GCUGCGGCGCGGCGGGGGCGAGCGGCGGGCGGCGGGCGCGGGAUGGCCGCGGCCACCUCUAACCCCUACCUCCCCGGCAACGGCAUCCUGGCGGCCGGCUCCAUCGUCCACGCGGACUCGGGCGGCGGCGGCGGCGGCGGCGGCGGCGGCAUGCAGCCGGGGAGCGUGGCCGUCACCUCGGUGGCGGGCGGCUACCGCGGCGACCCGGCGGCCAAGAUGGUCCAGAGCGACUUCAUGCCGGGCGCCAUGGCCGCCAGCAACGGCGGCCAUAUGCUGAGCCAUGCCCACCAGUGGGUGACAGCCCUGCCCCACGCCGCCGCCGCCGCCGCCGCCGCCGCCGCCGCUGCCGCCGAAGCGGGCUCGCCCUGGUCCGGCAGCCCCGUGGGCAUGACGGGCAGCCCCCAGCAGCCGCCGCCGCCGCCCGACGUCAAGGGCAGCGGCGGACGCGACGACCUGCACUCGGGCGCGGCGCUGCACCACCGGCCGCCCCACCUGGGCCCCCCGCACCAGGGGCACCCGGCGGCCUGGGGGGCGGCGGCGGCCGCCCACCUACCCUCCAUGGCCGGCGGGCAGCAGCAGCAGCAGUCGCUCCUCUACUCGCAGCCCGGGGGUUUCACGGUGAACGGCAUGUUGAGCCCCCCCCCCGGCGGUCAGAGCCUGGUGCACCCGGGGCUCGUGCGCGGCGAGACGCCGGAGCUGGGCGAGCACCCCGGGCAUCACCACCACCACCACCACCAGCACCCCGGGCACCACCCGCCGCACCACGGCGGCGUCAACAGCCACGACCCGCACUCGGACGAGGACACGCCGACCUCCGACGACCUGGAGCAGUUCGCCAAGCAGUUCAAGCAGCGGCGGAUUAAGCUGGGCUUCACCCAGGCCGACGUGGGGCUGGCGCUGGGCACCCUCUACGGCAACGUCUUCUCGCAGACCACCAUCUGCCGCUUCGAGGCCCUGCAGCUCAGCUUCAAGAACAUGUGCAAGCUGAAGCCUUUGUUGAACAAGUGGCUGGAGGAAGCCGACUCUUCCACGGGCAGUCCCACCAGCAUCGACAAGAUCGCCGCCCAGGGCAGGAAGAGGAAGAAGCGGACCUCCAUCGAGGUGAGUGUCAAGGGGGCCUUGGAGAGCCACUUUCUGAAAUGCCCCAAGCCCUCCGCCCAGGAGAUUACGAACCUAGCGGACAGCCUGCAGCUGGAGAAGGAGGUGGUCAGGGUUUGGUUUUGCAAUCGGAGGCAGAAAGAGAAACGGAUGACCCCCCCGGGGAUCCAGCAGCAGACCCCCGACGAUGUCUACUCCCAGGUCGGCACCGUCAACUCCGACACGCCGCCCCCUCACCACGGACUGCAGACCAGCGUGCAGUGAGGGGCACCGCGGGCGGGCCGGGCAGCGCGGGGGCAGCGCGGGCCAGGCCGGGCCGGGCACCGCCGCCGGCACCGCCACCGGCUCCGGCACCGCCGCGCACAGCCGCACGCUCACACAGACACACACGCGCGCACACACACACACACACACGAUCCAGGCUCGUUCAGACUGCUUGUGUUUAUAUAUAUAUGGAUAUAUGCGUGCAUCUAUAUAUAUAUAAGAUCGAUACCAAUAGGGAGCGGUGGAGAAGGUCGAUCCGAGCGAGAGCGUUUAGACCGUGUUGGGAAAACGGGGUGGAGAUGCAUAAUGCACCAAAACUGCAGAUGUGCCGGGGGGUUGGUUGGUUGGUUGGUUGGUUGGUUGUGGGGAAAGGGCUUGGGGGGGUGGGCUUGGGCUUUUUAAAUUUUAUUUUUAUUUUUCUCCAAAUUAUCCCCUUCUCGCAGUAAGGAACAUCACUGUCUGCGCUUCUUCUCUCCCCUCCUCCCCA